AUGGAGGUUCGGCUGACACCGGAGAUUCUGUCCCUUGUGGACUGGAACAGUCCCUUGGAUGAUCCCAUCCGGAUGCAGUUCAUUACGCUCAAGAGUAGUCUGCUACCCGAUCAUCCAGCUCUCACCCUGGAUUCUUUGGGCGAAAAAGACGACUCUCCAGUACCAGGUCUCGUCCACCGCUACCCCGGCAGAGCAUUAUUCUUGGCGACCUCUAUCUGCCCAGUGUAUUGCAGGUACUGCACAAGAGCUUACAUGGUUGGACCAGCUACUGGCUCGACACAAAAAUUGCCUCAAAAGCCCACCAGAGCACGCUGGGAGAUCAUAUUUCAGCACAUCGAACAACACAACGAUAUUCACGAUAUCGUCGUAUCUGGUGGUGACGUGUACCAGUUACCCCCAGAACACCUCAGGAUGAUUGGCGAACGGCUGUUGAGCAUCCCACAUGUUCGGCGCUUCCGCAUCGCUUCCAAAGGCUUGAGUGUCAAUCCGGGUCGUAUCAUUGACCCAGCAGAUGCAUGGGGCAAGACACUAAUCGAUUUGUCGAACCAGGGGCGAAAGAUGGGCAAACAAGUUUGUUGGCACACCCACUUCAAUCAUCCAAAGGAGGUCACGUGGAUCGUCAAGAAAGCGGCAGAUCAUCUCUUCGAGAACGGGGUCACCGUACGCAAUCAGAGCGUACUGCAGAAAGGCAUCAACGACGACUUUGCCACCAUGAGCACUCUCCUCAAAGCACUGGCUGAUAUUAACAUACAGCCUUACUACGUGUAUCAGCACGAUCUCACCAGAAGCGUUGAGGACCUUAGGACUCCCCUCAAGGACAUUAUGAAGCUAGACAAAGAACUUCGCGGAACCUUGUCGGGCUUCAUGAUGCCCUCCUUUGUGGUUGACCUCCCCGGCGGUGGAGGCAAGCGGCUUGCCGCUACCUAUGACUCGUAUGAUGAGGCAACUGGUGUUUCUGAAUGGAGUGCACCAGGCCUGCCAGGUCCCAAAGGUCAAAGAAUGUACUCGUAUUUCGACCCCCGCCCGCUACCCGCGACUGUCGAGGAAUUAAGACAGCUACGUGAGCAACAGGAUCUCAUGCACAAGUACAGAUCUACUCGAACAGAAGAUUUCGUGAAGGUUGAAGAAGGCGUCGAGGUGAAACUACGAGAAGAAAACUUCCGCGCGUCCGAGGGGAGUCUCUCCUAUGGCUUCCACGCCACCGCCUCAGCCUAG